AUGAAUAAAUCAUCGCUUCAGUCACCAAUCAAAUAAUAACAUCGAAAGAUUAUUUCUUAACAGUAAGGCAGCAGGCCAUUCCGAUUCUUGGAUAGAUUGUAGCUGUUCACAAAGCAUAGGAUACCACUUAUUGAGGAGACUCCAUAACGAAGUGAGCGAUAAUCAAGAAGAUUGAAAAAGUACUAUUCGGCAACGAUGAGAAAUUCUAGCUGCAAUUGUGUGAAUUGUGGUAAGAACAAUUCAUUUAUACAAAAGACUUUUCAAUUAUUUCCCUUCGAAAGCAAUUUCAAUCGAAGAAAGAGACUCUACAGGAGGUUCAGGAAGUACGUUCAUUGUGUGCAGUUCAUCAUUCGAUACAAGAUUGUAUAAAAAAUACGAGACCGACAAAGGAAUAAAAUGAAGAAGGCAAUCAACUAGAAUGUUCACAUACACAAGCCUUCUGCUGUAGCCAAUUUGCUUGCGGAAGGAAUUAAGUAAUUGAGACAAUAACACCAUGUUGAAGUUUUGAAUGAACAUGAUUCUGACGAGGAGUUCUAUCAUUUUAAACCCAAGAUGCUUCAAAAUCGUAAGUCCUUUGCUCAUUUCCUCUCAUCUCCCAAGGGAUAAAAAAAGUUGGAACGAGUCUACUAUGUCAAAUAAGCCAAUAGACCCAUUAGUUAAUACAUUGCCAAUCGCUCAAAGCCGUCUACUACCCAAUGUUCUCCCAAAUCUAUCUUGCCUUAACUGAGUUCAUUAUAUGAUUUCAAAAACUCAAUCUCGGUCAGACAUAUGAAAAAAUUCUGA